UAUAUAAAAGAUGAUUAUAAGAAAGAAAAACUAUUGAUUUCAUCAACAAAAAGAAAAUAUUAAUUAGAAAGAAAUGGGGUCGGGGUCGGAGUCGGAGUUGGAGUUGGAGUCGCAGUCGCAGUCGCAGUCGCAGUCGGAGUUGGAGCCGAUUUCGGUUUCGGCUUCACCAAAGUAUGAUGUGUUCUUGAGUUUUAGAGGUGAGGACACUCGAAAAACCUUCAUGGGUCACUUGAAAGUUUCUUUGUCGGCCAAAGGAAUAAAAAGCUUCAUAGACGAUGAUCAAAUUGAAAGAGGUCGAUACAUAUCUACACAACUAAUCCAAGCCAUAGAAGAUUCAAGGUGUUCGAUCGUGAUUUUCUCGCCAAACUAUGCUUCGUCCACAUGGUGUUUGGACGAACUCGUCAAAAUCAUUGACUGUAUGAAAACAAGAGGUCAAAUCGUGAUACCCAUAUUCUACAACGUCGAUCCAUCGGAAAUACGCAAACAGACGGGACGUUUCGGCGAGUCAUUUUGUGUACACGAACAGAAUCUUAAGGAUGAGGAGAUGGAAAGGAUUGAUGGGUGGAGGACUGCCUUGAAGGAAGUUACUGCUCUUGCUGGUCUGGAUAUACAAAACUACAGGGAUGAAGCAAGUUUUAUAAAUGAAAUAGUCGAAGAUAUAUCAUCUCAACUAUGUAAAUUGGUGGAGCUUAAUAAAGAUAAAGAUGUAGAGACUUUUCAACUUCCAUCGAAAUGGGUUGUACUGUGGGUUGUUCGCCCCAUUGCUUUCGUGCUUUUCUUCUACCUUGUUGUAGGUCCUCUUUUUGCUUACUUUGCAUUCAAAGUUGUAUUUCCUUUAAUUGAACAUAUAUUGGGUAUGUGAGGGACCCAAUCAAAUCACUACUGUGUUAUCACGAUAGGUGGUAAAACGACGAGAAAAUAUGGAAGUAGUUGCUUAAACUGAAGGUCCUACCGGUAGGACUUAAACUGAAGCUUAAUAUAUAUAUAAAAUUUAUAGAAAUAUGAGGUUUCAGUUUAAGUCCUACUGGUGAGACCCUCAGUAUUCUCGACCUUUGAACAGUUUUUUGUGCGAUUUUUUUAUGACCGUGUUAUUAUAGCUAUUUAGAGCAUUCUGCAAAUUUUCAAAAAAUUACGAAUAGUUUACAGUACCGAAAACUAGGUUCAAACAUGUUGUUGUAUGCAUGACUAAUUUUUUUUAUACGCGUGGAAAACAACAUAUUUUUAACUUAGUUUUCGAUACUGUAAAUCAUUCGGAAUUUUUUGAAAAUUUACUGGAUGUUAUAAAUAGCUACAAUAUACAUAGUCAUAAAAAAAUCACGCCAAAAACUAUUUACGGAUAAGAAAUACUAAAUACUAAAAAGUGAAACCCCAAUACCAAAAUUGUCCUUUUUUAUAUCACGAGGAUUCUAAAUUAUAUGUUUAAUUUAACUUGGAUGGAGACUGCUGUCCCUGGAGACAAAGUUGUAGUGCUUUUGCUAAUGAUCUUAUUGUUGUAAUUUUGUUUCUGAUGAAAUAUCAAGUCUCGACUUUCGUGGCAUUAACUACUUCUUUUUUGGAUGACAUGGAUUAGACUCCUCUUAUUCUUGGAGAAUAAAAGUCAUAUGUCGCUUCAAUAAACAAUUAACAUCUGUCCAUUUUAUUUA